GCACAUGAUUGAAAUUCUAUUAAAUCGGCCAGCUCAAUGACGCAGUGCUACCCGUGACAGUGGACUAUCACUAAUUACGGUCUACUGCAAUAACCCAUCUAGCAAAGGCGUAAGAAACCGACCCUAUUCCAUCCUUUGGAAAGAGAAAUCCAGCACACUUUUGAUGCUCAUCAUCUUCACGCGCGUCCGAUAUCAUUCCAUCCUUCCGAUCCAGAACACACAUGCGACAGGCGGAUCCAUAGCGGUCCGCUCAACCCAGUAAUUUGCCCAAGUGAUGGCACAAAGCGAGCCAGUGGCAGAGUCAAUGGGCAUAUCCAGACGCCCGCUCACCCCUGAAUGGAGCAUAGAACUCGAUGAUUCUUUCGUCGCGCGGGUGAUCGAUGGCGAACUGCGGAUGCUCUCCAUGGGGCCGCCCGUCCGGACGAUCUGGUUCAUUGUGUGGUGUACACCGGAGGAACCGCAUACCGACACCCUCAACCGGAUCAUGGAUAACGCGCACCCGUCGCCGAAAGAGCGGUUCAUUGAAGUUGGUGCCGACGAGGACGAGGUGCGGUACGGCUCGUGGUACCCCUCCACAGUCAGCGGCCACCACCAGUGGGGCCUAUACGGGUACACGAUGCGCCACGGUUCCUACGUCCAAGCGGCCUUCCUAACCGAUGAGGAGUCCGACCGUGACUGGGCGCUGGCUGCCUGGCGGUCUCUACGUUAUGCGGGGCCGGUCGGAGGAAAUCGGUCUGCUGGGGGUGGACUGGGAUAGAAAGAUUCUCGUAACCAGGUCGUGCGGAAAUGCCGCCAAAAACGGCGUUACAAACCACCGAAAAUGGAGGUCACACUGCCGUCAGAUUGUUUAAAAGAGUAUUAUCUAGAAUUAUUAUGUAGAAUGCCUUCUGAGAUCUAAGAUCCUCGAAUGAGCGGUGAAGCUGAGGGCAUCUCAGGAGAUGCCUGGACUCAAAUGAUAAAUAUAUCUCCACCCAACCUCCACAAUUACAGGGAGAUGCCGCAGAGGUGCGAUGGCUGUUCCGUGUUCGCAGCACAGCA